CUAAUAAAUUAAAUCGUGAAACCAAGGAAAAGGUGCUAUGCUUAUGCCCUCUUAAACCAGCUAAUCUGGUGAGAUUCGUAGAACACAAAGCAAAAUCCACAAUGCUUCCAAAGCCUCUGGUAAAAACAAAGUCCAAACACUUCCACCUUAUAGCAGUCGUUGGUUUGUUCUUGUUGGCCUAUCUAUUCAUUCAAAACACCAACCCUUAAACUCUCUAACCUACCAUUUCCAAAAGAAAGGACAAACUCAUUUAAGAAAAACUAGGACAGAAAACGAAACACCAACACCUGACUCUUGUACACUUUUGAUGAGUAUUAUAGAGUCCAUAUUGGUGAGAACUGAGAAGCCACACAACUCUUUUCCACAUCCCCUCUCCCUCUUGUGGCAAUCUUCCAAAAGAUCAAUUCCAAUGGAAGUUUCAUGCAAGAUUCUCAGAAGAUCAACUCACACUUUUCUCCAAAACUAUCAUCACUUCACCUCAACAGCAGCUUUUCUAGCUUUUCCUUUCUCGGCUUCAAUACUCCUCUCUCAAGCAUUAGUCCCUUCACCUUCAUCCCUCUUGCCCCAAAUCUAUAGCCGCCUAAGGACUCUCUUUGAUGCUGCAGGCUUCCCUUCUUCACACUUGUUUACCAUUCUCAACCUCAAGGUCUCUCAAACAAUCACUUCUUCAAUCCUCGCCCUUCCUUUCACCCUCACUUUUCUUCUCAUUGCAAAAGCAUCCAUAAUCCAGGCUCUCAAUCACCACAAGCCAACUUUUCCACCUUCCUUCAAAUCAAUACUAUCCCUUUACAAGCCUCUCCUCCACACCUAUUUUUGCAACUGUUUCUUGAUUCUCUCAGCAAAUGCAACUGCUUUUGGUCUCAUGUUUUUGGCCUUCAGCUUCAUUGAAAGACUUGGCUACUCUUCCCCUACUGGCCUCACCCUCUUCAUAUCAGUAACUGGGGCAAUUCUCUUUUCUGUGAUUCUUGCCAAUGCUCUUGUCAUAUGCAGCAUGGCACUGGCUCUAUCUGGCAUGGAGGGACAUGGUGGAUACUUGGCAAUUCUGAAAGCUUGUCUUCUCUUAAGGGGAAGGACAUCAAUGGCUUUGUUCCUGGCACUUCCUGUCAACGUGGCCUUGGCUGCCAUUGAGGCCUUGUUCCAAUUUCGGGUCGUAAGGCCCUAUCAUAUUGCUGGAAUAGCAAGGCCUUGUGUGGCUUUGGAGGGGAUUUUCAUUGCUUACCUCUACUCAAUCUUCAUCAUCCUUGACACAAUUGUGAGCUGCAUCUUCUACAAAAGCCUUAAGACAGGAUCAUGGAUCAGUCAAGAGGACAAACAUUCGUUAAGGAUUGAAUUCCCAGAGGAAGGCAAGUACGGUUACAUGGGCACCAAGGAUCUACCUUAAGUAACAUAAGGCGGCAAAUCAUUAAUUUGGUCAAGGCUUUUCUCAUAUUUCAUAAAGGAGAAGGAGCUACCAGUUAUUUUAUAUGAAUAUAGAAGAAAUUUACAAAAUUCAUUCAUGUUGCUUGAAGGAAAUCGAGCAACUUUGAAGACAUAAAAGAUUUUCAAUUGAGCAACCUCAGCUCAGCUAUGUGCAAAGCCAAAGAAGCUAGAGAUAGUACACCAUUUAAUAUAAAUGCAAUUCUGCUAUAUUCUUGGACUCCAUCUUUUGUUUUUGUCUAUUUUACUUUGUAGAUUGGCAAAUGGCAAUAUUUUACAGUGUGGAUAAUACAAAUGCUUCCCUUUAAUUGCCUUCUUCUCUGCGUGCAAUUGUCAUUGUAAUUUUCUAGUGUUUUUCACCGAAUGAAAAAUCAAUAAUGAUUUCGCGGA